AGUAAGGCCUAUUUGUUUAUCAUACUAGAUCGAAUAAAAUUUUGAGUAAUAAUCUGGAUAAUCUUAAUGUUUUUCAGAACUUAUUAAUAUGCCUUUAGCAAAUGCAUUUGAACCAUGGCAAGUGCAGCACGCCGAAACGGAGCCUUUGGAAUUUCAAGAUCUCUAAGAAUUUUAUCUUCACAAUCUGGUGAAGGAGAUGAUGCUCAAAACUCAGAUGAGGGCCAUGGAAAUGAAGGUGAACAUGAAAUUGAACUUGGGGAGGUUAUUAGGGAUGGCCAUGACAAGGCAGAUCCUGGUCAGUUCGAACUACUCAAAGUAUUGGGAGAAGGUUCUUUCGGAAAAGUAUUUCUGGUUCGUAAAGUGGUUGGCUCUGAUGCGGGUAUGUUGUAUGCAAUGAAAGUACUUCGAAAAGCAACUCUGCGUGUAAGAGAUCGAUAUAGGACAAAAAUGGAACGAAACAUCCUAGUAGAUGUUGAGCACCCUUUCAUUGUAAAACUUCAUUAUGCUUUCCAGACAACUGGGAAAUUGUAUUUAAUAUUGGAUUUUCUCAGAGGUGGUGAUUUAUUCUCAAGACUGAAUAAAGAGGUUAUGUUUACCGAAGAAGAUGUUAAAUUUUAUUUAGCAGAAUUAGCCCUGGCUUUGCAUCAUCUCCAUACGAUAGGGAUUAUAUAUAGAGAUUUGAAGCCAGAAAAUAUACUUUUAGAUGCUGAUGGGCAUAUUGCUCUUACUGAUUUUGGUUUAUCAAAAAUGCCACUAGAAGAAGAAGAAGGAAAGACUUAUAGUUUUUGUGGAACAGUGGAAUACAUGGCUCCUGAGGUUGUUAAUAGAAAAGGACAUUCUUUUGCUGCAGAUUGGUGGUCAUUUGGAGUUCUUAUGUACGAGAUGCUUACUGGUAGUCUACCUUUUCAAGCUGGUAAUAGAAAAGAUACAAUGACACAAAUUCUUAGGGCAAAAUUAGCUAUGCCAGCUAAUCUAAGCCCAGAAGCACAAAGUUUGUUGAGAGUUCUUUUCAAAAGAAAUCCAACUAACCGAUUAGGAGCAGGACCCGGAGGUAUAGAGGAUUUUAAGAAACAUGAAUUUUUUGCUUCGAUUGACUUUGAUGCUCUACUCUCAAAAAAAGCAAGACCUCCAUUUCAACCUGCAGUGUGUGGUCCAGAAGACGCUUAUUUUGACUCUGAAUUCACCAGUAAAACUCCUAGGGAUUCACCUGGUGUACCUGCAAGUGCCAAUGCCCAUGAAUUAUUUAGGGGUUUUAGUUUUGUUGCUCCAUGCUUACUGCAAAAUGGUACUGAUGUGAAAAAAAUAUUUGAAACACCUUCCAAAUCUGUUAGAACUACAGAACGAAAUUUCUUCGAUGAUUAUACCUUGAUGGAUAUUCUAGGAUAUGGUAGUUAUAGCAUUUGUAAAUUAGCAAGACACAAUACAACAAAUCAACAGUAUGCAGUCAAGAUUAUUCAGAAAUCAAUGUGUGACUGUAGAGAAGAAGUGGAAAUUCUUCUGCGAUAUGGUCAUCAUCCAGGUAUUGUCAGUUUAAAAACAGUUUUUGAAGAUGCAGGGAAAGUAUACAUGGUGCUUCAGUUAUUACGUGGUGGAGACUUACUAGAGUACAUGAUGAAGAGACAUCAUUUGCAAGAAAUAGAAGCAGCAGCAAUAUUGAAGUCCCUUGUUAAUGCAGUUGCUUAUCUUCAUGAGAAUGGAGUGGUACAUAGAGAUCUUAAACCAACCAAUAUUCUCUUUGCCAAUGAAAAUUGCACACCUGAAAGUGUUACUAUCUGUGAUAUGGGAUUUGCGAAACAGUUGAGAGCUGGUAAUGGUUUGUUGAUGACCCCAUGUUACACAGCCAACUAUGUUGCUCCGGAAGUAUUGAAGCGCCAGGGUUAUGAUGCAGCCUGUGAUAUUUGGUCUUUAGGUGUGGUAUUAUUUAUAAUGCUUUCAGGUCGUUGCCCCUAUAGUACAGCACCCAAUGAUAGCCCUCAAAAAAUAUUAGACAGAAUAAAUACUGGUAAACUUGAUUUGCAGAGUGGUCAGUGGGCCUUAGUUUCUCAAGAGGCAAAAGCUCUAGUAGUUGAAAUGUUGCACAUAUCACCUCAAAGAAGGCCAAAUGCUACACAGAUUGCUAACCAUCCAUGGGUCAGACAACCAUGUACUAUUGGUUCACAUACAAUGAAUGUGCCAGUUCCAAAUCAGUUUGAGAACCAAGUAGUUCCUAGUGGAGAGAGUAUUCAUUUGAGAGAAACAGUUGCUGCUACUUUCAGAGCGAUAGCAAAUUCUCCUCAAGUAGUCCAUCACUUAGGCCCAGUAGCUAUGUCUGAAUUGGCAAGAAGGCGACUAAUUAAAAAACCUGUUAGGUUAUAAAUUUUUUCAUCACAUCUGGGGUUAAUAAAACUGCUGAGGAAAUUUUGUUAUCGAGAAAUUCAGGUAUGAACAAUUAGUUAUUAUUAUCAUUGUACAAACAUAUAAGUUGGAAAAAUAUUUCUCCUAUUUCAGUAUUAGUGUCUUAAGUUUCAGCUUUUGAUUGUAUGUCAAUGUGCACAAUGGAAUUUACAAUGGGCGGAAUUUGAUAAAUGUUGAACAUUGAAUAAAGCUUUGUUCAUGGAAUUGAAAAAAAUUUUAAUUUAAUUAAAACAUACCAUUACAAUUAUUUUGUCAAUUAUGAGAAUAUUAUGCGCACAAUAUCAAUAGUAACUGAUUCUAACAUAAUUUCAUACUGAACGAUCAGUAUCUCAUUUUAUCCCCUUUUUUGAGUUUAUACAUCACAUGUUUGAUUCAGAUUGCUUUUAAUAUAUUUGAAAUAUUCGGAAUUGUAUUUUUGGCUAUAAGUGAAUUUAUUUUGAUAAACAAUAGUAAAUAUUAAUUUCAGUAUAACCAUGAAAAAUUAUGAUAAUAUAAUUUAAUUCCUGGAAAUUGUGAUUUUGAGUUACUUUUCUCAUAUUUAUAAUUAUUUGAUAUCUAAUGCCAAACUAUCAAUAUUUUAAAGAAUAUAACUGUAAUAUAUUUUCAAAGAAAUAGUAGAUACUGAUCAAGUUUUUCUGUACUCUUCUAGUGAAUAUUGGAUAUGAAUAUAGAUAGAUAUAUAUUUCCUAGUUAUGCAUAUAGCAGUUGAAACUAUUUUUGACAUCUGUUAUUUAGGAAACAUUGAAAUUGUAGAAUAAAAUGUAACACAGAAUUAAAAUAUCUAUACAUAACUAUAAACUCGUCAUGAUGUUGAGAACCUUCCAGUCAUAGCACAAUAAAUGAAAAUAAUUUAUAGGAAUAACUUCAUUGAUGGAUAGAAGAAUAUAUUAGUUAUGUCCCUGGUGAUAACCACAGUUUAUAUUAAUAAAUAUCAUCUUCAACUAGAUGCCACUGAUUAUUAUGAGAAAUGUAUGACUUCUGGGGUUUAUUUAAUAUUACUUAUGUGAAUUUUUGUUCAAAAAUCAAUUCACAUUUUUUACUUCAUCAUACUGCCUAUAUAAUGAACACUUUAAUCAAUGCUAUGUUUUAGUAGCAAUCAGUACAAGUUAAAAAAAUCAUAGUGAUUUCUUCCAGAUGUUGAAAGUUCGUUGUAGAAUUAGUGAAACUGAAAAUAUUUCAACCUGUAGUAUUUUCUCUGAAAAAUUUUCAACUGAAACUAAUAAUAAGAAUAAUUCAUACUACUUGAUGAUAAUAUUUAUAUGGUUAUAUGAAACAAUUUCUAGUCAUUUCCAAUAAGGUGUUGUUUUCUAACGAAACAUAGGUUGGCCAAAAGCAAAUUUGAGAUGAGUAUUAUAUUAGUUGAUAUAGCCGAAAAUCUGUAUGACAGAUUUUUAAUUUGCGGGAUAUAUAUUUGUCCUUAACAUCAUUGCCAACUCAGUACUCAUAUGAAUCGAGUCACUAAUUAUGCAAAGAAAAUAAAACUAUAGGUCAUCUAGUUGAUAUUAAUCUAUCUGAAUAUACAAUAACUCAAUUUUUGUACUCGAACCUUCAUGUUGAAAAUUUGUUUGGUCCACCUUUGUUUUAGGUUUCUGAUCAAUUUUUUCUUGUGCUGAAUUAACUAUAAAUUUGUUAAUUUUAAUGAGAAAAUUAUUGCCUCUAACAGUUUAAAUUUCCAACUAAUUGUUUUGUUCUUCUUUAUUUUUGUCUAAUUUGUCAGAGAAUUAAAAUUGAGUCGAUGAGAAAGAAUUUCUUGAUUGAUACUGAUAUAUGUUUUGCACAAUUGUACAAAUUAAUUUUGAAUGUUAACUUCAUAAGCAAAAAAAUUAUAUGUGAAUCUUCUAAUAUUUUUUACUCGAAUUAUUUUCUUUGAUGUAUUGUUAUUAUUCAAUCUUUGUUUUCAAUAAUGUUUUUAAGGGAUGAUAGGAAAUUGGAAAUAUAAAAAAAUAAUUCGAAUCCAGAAUACUACUAACCGAAAUUUUUUUUAUGUAGAAUGGUAUAAUAAGCAUUGUUUUGCCAUAUUUUUUGUUCCUUUAUAAUAAACUAUUAGUUAUAAGCAUGUUUAUUGUCAAGAACUUAUUUAAAUAUAGCAUAUCAGUGUUCACAUGAAAUAUAAAGAGUUGCAACUAUUCAUCAAUUUGCACAGGAUGAGUUUAUUGAACAUUUGACUGUGCGGAGUUGGGUAGGUUGAAAAAUAAUCAUAUUAAUUGGAAUUUGUCUGUUAAGGCCUCAGUAAUCUAUAAACUUGAUGUAUAUUUUUAUUAUAUAAAAUGUUUAUAUUUACAUACCAUUUUUAAUGUAGUUGAAAUGAAUAAAGGUAAAUUCCCCUUGUGUUGUUGA